AUGAGAUCAUUAAUUAAAACAGCUUUCAAAUAGGUUUCAGGAUUGAAUAAUUAUAAAGCAAUACCUUCAGGCUUGAAAAAAUAUUUUUCAACUUAGCAAAAGGCAGAUUUAAAAGACAUACCUAUGCUUGAUGAGUUUAUGAAGCAGCAAAGAGAGCCUAUUAAAGAAUCAGACUUAGAAGAAACUUAAAUUCCCUACUUAAAUAAAACAUAAUUCGAUAGUUAAAAAAAAUAUUUUAUUGAGACAUAUGGAUGCUAAAUGAAUGAGUCUGACACAGAAAUUAUUAGUGGAAUUUUGUAAAAAGCCGGCUUUGUUAGAGAAAGUAAUUUAGAUAAUGCAGAUAUAGUAUUUUUAAAUACUUGUGCUAUCAGAGAAGGAGCUGAAAAUAAAAUUUGGAAACGUUUGGAGAAUAUUCGUGCCUACAAACGCAAAGAAAAAAAGUAGCUUAUAACAGGAGUUUUAGGGUGCAUGGCUGAAAGAUUAAAAGAUAAAUUAGUCGAAAAAAAUAAAGUAGUAGACAUUAUUGUAGGUCCUGAUGCUUACAGAGAUCUACCACGUCUUAUAUAAAGUUUAGAUCCUUCAACUGAUGAUUAUUCUAUUAAUGUUCAAUUAUCUUUAGAAGAGACCUAUGCUGACAUUGUUCCUGUAAGAUAAAAUCCUGAUAGUUGUUAGGCUUUCGUCUCUAUUAUGAGAGGCUGUAAUAAUAUGUGCUCUUUCUGCAUUGUACCAUUUACCCGUGGUAGAGAAAGAUCUAGAGAUAUUUAGAGUAUUGUUGAAGAAGUAAAAAUGCUUGCAAACUAAGGAGUUAAAGAAAUCACUUUACUAGGUUAAAAUGUUAAUAGCUAUUUUGAUAAAGAAGCUGAAGGAUAUGAAGAUCUUGAUCAUUUAAAUUCAGAGGGAUUUAAAGAAACCUUCAAGCUUAGAAAAGGUAAAGGUGCAAGAUUUGCUCAUCUUUUAGAAGAAGUUGCUAAAGCUGCUCCUGAAGUCAGAUUUAGAUUUACUUCUCCCCACCCUAAAGAUUUCCCAGAUCCUGUACUUUAAGUUAUUAAAAAAUACCCAAAUAUAGCCAAGAAUUUACACAUGCCAGCCUAAAGUGGAAAUACCGAAAUGCUUACUCGUAUGAGAAGAAACUAUUCAAGAGAAAAUUACAUAAAUCUUGUAGAUCACAUCAAAUAAACCAUUCCUGGAAUUACACUUUCAAGUGAUUUUAUUUGUGGUUUUUGUGGAGAAACUGACCAAGAAUUUUAAGACACCUUAACUUUAUUAGAAUAUGUUAAGUACGAAAACGCAUUCUUGUUUGCAUAUAGUUUGAGAGAAAAAACCCAUGCACAUAGACAUUAUUAAGAUGAUGUGCCAGAAGAAGUUAAAAAAUAGAGACUAUAAUAAAUGAUAGAUGUUUUCCAUAAAAAUUAAGAAUUAGUUAAUAAAUAGGAAGUGGGAAGAAUUCAUCUUGUUUUAGUUGAAGGAAAAGGCAAAUUCGAGAACUAAAUUAGAGGAAGAACUGACACUAAUAAAAGAGUUAUUUUCAACUCAUUAACAACUUGCUCUUCAGAAAUACCUGAAGACUUAUCCCAUAGUGAUGAGCAAUUAAAGGAAUUCCUGAUGAAAUAAUAAAUAGAAUAAAGCAUAAAUUAAGGAGACUAAAAUAAAAUUUACAAUGGUGACUUUGUUCUUGCUAGAGUUGAUUCUGUUUCAGUAAGAUCUCUUUUCUGCACUCCCAUAGCAAAGUGUUCUAUUUCUUAAUUUGCUAAACUAUCUAAAAACAACCCUUUUAUUUAAUUCUGA